AUGAAUCCAAACUCGACACAGUUUUACAUCCCUAAUGAUCAACAGUCAAAUACAUUUCCAAAUCAGUACUAUAAUCCAGGUAGCUACCAACCUCCAGCUCCCCAACAUUCAAACCCAUUUAAUCCCAACGUUGGCCAUGUAUUUGGGAAUUCAUUUACUCAAAAUGUUGCGAUGCACUACGGUACAGAGGCAUUGGGACAGGGGAAACAAAUUGUUCAAGAUAAGGUCGAACGGUACUUUUCUCUGUCCAAACUAAAGCAUUACUUUGUUGUGGAUAAUGGAUAUGUCGCAGGAAAACUUGGAAUUCUUCUUUGUCCCUUUUUUCACACGAGGUGGGAACUACAAUAUGAUUCAACUGGCGUAGUCCCUCCUCGUUCUGAUAUCAAUUCACCAGAUCUUUACAUCCCCGUAAUGGCUUUCGUCACGUACAUUGUCGCCGCUGGUAUCUCCCUUGGCGUGGAGGGUCGAUUCGCGCCUGACUUGCUGGGUAUUCUCUGUAGUCAAGUUUUUGGAUGGAUUUUUUUUGAAGUUUGUGCCCUCUCCCUCGCACUCUACCUCCUCAAUUUACAAUCUAGUCUCAGUUACUUCGACCUACUUGCCUAUAGCGGUUAUAAACUUGUACACAUGAUCGCCGUGGUUUUAGUUGCACUUGUUCUGCACGCACCUGGCUACUACUUUGCUCUCGUUUGGACGGGCCUUGCAUUUGCCUUUUUCCAGAUUCGAUCGUUGAGAUUGCAAGUUCUUGCUCAAGCAGGCUACCAGACAUCAAUAAACCCACGUCGGGGAGUCUAUUUCUUGGUUUGCAGCGCCCUAUUUCAACCCCUCAUAAUUUGGUGGCUCACAAGUUAUGUUGCAACUACUAAGACCAGCGUUGCAACCUCAUGA